CUGGUUCAAGAAAAGCCCUCAAGAGCUUAAUCAACACUACAUUUUUUAAUGGCUGGAAUAUUGCUGAGGGCUCAGGUUUCUAUACCAUGGAGAGGCUGAUAGUGAGAUAGGAUGAGGAGUGAUGAGCUAUGAUGGAUCACUUUAGGUCUCGGUGAGAUAAAAUGAGAGAGGGGUACUAGAAGAAAGGGCUUCCCUUCCUUGGCUCCUCUAGUUCAGUAGAAUAUGGUGAGCCUAGGUGAGGUGGAGAAACAAGGGAAGAUACCUUGCAGAGACCUGAGGGUUAUGGGAGCGAUGGUACUUUGCUGAGGUCCUUCCCCUCCUCCACCACGAGAGGGCGCCCUUGUGCGGUCUUGGGACCGACCUUCCCAGCUCGGCUUGGCGACGCUCUAGUCGCCGUUUCUCUGAGGACAGCCGGCGGCCACCGAGCUGUGAGAGCAAGGCCUGCCUCCGUGCGCACAGCCUGCGGGCACGGGUCAUGGCGCGACUUCCGAAACUCGCAGUCUUCGAUCUAGAUUACACGCUCUGGCCGUUCUGGGUGGACACGCACGUAGACCCCCCGUUCCACAAGAGCAGUGAUGGAACUGUACGAGAUAGGCGGGGCCAGAGCAUCCAGCUGUACCCUGAGGUGCCUGAGGUCCUGGAACGAUUGCGGGGCCUGGGAGUGCCCAUUGCGGCCGCUUCACGGACAGGUGAGGUUGAAGGAGCCAACCAGCUGCUGGAGCUCUUUGACCUUGUCAGAUACUUUGUUCAUCGGGAAAUCUAUCCAGGCAGCAAAGUCACGCACUUUGAGAGGUUGCAGCGGAAGACUGGAGUUCCUUUCUCCCAGAUGAUCUUCUUUGAUGAUGAGAAGAGGAACAUCGUAGAUGUCAGCAAACUGGGUACUAAGUGGUGUUACCUGCAUUCAUGUCCAGCAUGGAAUGAGUCUUCAAACCCUAACUCAAGGAUUAGAUGCAUUCACAAAGGCCCAGGCUGGACUCUGAGGUCCAGUCAUUUGAGGCACAGAACUGAAAGGAAAUCAGGAGGGCAUUUUCAGGUGCAUUUGUAAAUUAUUAAAGUGUAUUUGUGUGCGGCAGAAGAGAUCUUA